AUGCCUUUAAGGCAGAAUCAUUCGUUACCCCGUUUUCCAUUUAUGUCUCGAUCAGCUUUUUCAAAGGUAAAAGAUUUUUCCUAUGUACUACAAGAAGAUAAUUUUGAAAUUUUUGAUUCCUCCUUAGCUGUAAAAUUGAUAAAAUUUUUUGAUUUAAAUUAGAGGAAAAGAACCUUAUUUUGACCCAGACAAUUUAGGAGAAAGCCAAUGAAUGUGACUAUAAUAUUUAACUGCCA